UCAUUUUCGAGCAAAAUUUAAAUGGACGGCUGAAUAUAUUACCGCCGGAGAGACGGCCGCGGAAUUUAAAUGAACGCGCGAAAGGGUUAAUUAUAAAGAAGUAAUGACAAGAGAGUGCGCACUUUUGUUUGCUCUCACAGGUGCUUGUUGUUUCCAGAAUAACUUCAUUCAAUUUGUUCUAACACUGAUAUGUUGUCUUCUGUUACAGGUCAGAUGAGUGUAGCACAGCCCUUUACAUGGGGGGAUGAAAUUUCUUUACUGGAUCCUGAUCCAGAGCUACCCGACCUGAAAUUGCCAUCAAUAGAGAAAUGGAUAGGCGAGACCAGUGCUGAAAAAUUGACAGCAGCAAGCUCACUGGAGAAGCCAGUGUUUGAAGAGACAGAAAUUGAUAAAUCAAAUUUAUAUGGGAAUGAGACUCAAGAGUCCAGCAUUGGAUGCUAUGGAAGUUGUUAAUGACAAUUAUGAUGAUGAUGAUGAUGAUGGUGAUGAAGACAAUGAUGAUGGCAGUAGUGUUGUGGAGGAGAACCAAUCUGAUUAUUCCAGUAUCAGGAGUGGGAAGAUUCAAGAUAAUGAAGAUAUAGGCCCACAGAGUCCCACAAGAGGUACAACUCCGAAACAUCCAUUAGUGGCCGCCAUAACACCUCAACUUUCAUCUCAGAGCGAUGAUGUCAGAGAUGAAGAAGGAAGUCUCAUUAUGUCAUCUCCAUCACCAGUAGCUUCCCAGGGUUGUUCUGUGCCUUUUCAAGUGUGUGAUGUUGGAUCAUUCACAGAUGCUGCUGUUCCUCUUGUGUACUGUUCUAGACAUCUGGCUGCUUCUUUCCUACUGACAGGAUGUGCUGGCUUCACAAUCACUGACAGUAAUGUCAGGGUCAGUGUGAAGGCACUUGCUCUCAGCUGCAUAGCCAACAUUCUCCGUCUUUCCCCCAGUAUUAUAUUUCUCAGCGUAGACAAGAAUAAGGAACCCACUGGAAUACAAGAUGGUGAAGCUGGUGGAAGUGGUGAGUGAGUUGUCUUAUGUUACAAUCUACCACAUGAUGGGCAACUCUGACUUCCAUAGCAUUUGUGUUCCUGAAGGAUGAAGAUGUGAGAGUGAGACAUGCUGCAGCUAAAGAAAUUGUAAGACUUGUUCCAAAGCUGUUCUUCCCUUUGGACCACCCACAACAGGAUGCAGCAACAGUGAAAGGAGCGGGCUACAGUGAACAGUUUCUGUCUGAAAUGUUGGCACCUUCAAGUGAUUCUAGUGGUUCAUCUGCUUUCCUGCAGCUUACAGAUAUCAAUAGUCUGCCAGCUCCGUUCAGUAUUCACUCCCCUUAUGCAGUGUCUGGAAACUUAAAUGGCUGUUGUCAUCGAAACAUCGACACAGCUCUCUCUAGAAUUGUGUCCCUUUUGUCCAAUUCUUUACUUAUGUCUUCCAGCAAAUAUCUCACAUUUGGUUAUUGUGAAGCUUUGGCUCUGUUGUCUUCACAGUAUCUUACAACAGUGUACCAAAAGGCAUGGAAUUAUUUUCUAAGCAAUAAAGGAGAUGGCCAAAAACCUGCUAUGAAGAGAAGCACAAGCCAACAGGGACAUGAAGUCUCAUCUUCAGAUCCAGUGGUCAGUCCUGCAGGUGGUCUUUUGUCUACAGCAUUGGCCAUUCUGACAGGAUCUCCUAUUUCACUGGAUCUUAGUUGUCAGCAAUGGUUGAUUCAGUUAACAGGAAACUUAUUUUCAGAUAUGUCAUUCUUGUACCAAGCAUUUACUUAUGCUUAACUCUUAAGCAUGGAAGUAUUUAAAUCCCUGGCCCUGAUCUCGUGUGAGAGGAGCUUCCAUAGGGAAUUUAAAUUUAGGCAUGUGAAGUAGAAAGCAACUUGGAGUCCUUGUUCCCUUCACAGACAUUUUUGGCUGCAUUUUGUGGUCCUGAUAUAUAACACACUUCUCUAUGUCCCACAUAAUUUGACAUAGCUUCCCACAAAAAUGUUUUCACACAUUUGCUUCUGGUGCCUUGAUUUGUGUUAUCUUCAGGUUCACUGUAAUCAUCACCUGCUUCUGCUACACAGACAUCACUAACAGAUUUACCAUCUGAAUCAAAAUUACUCUCUUCAGAAUCAGAGAAGCAUUCAUACACAAUACCUUCAGUAUUCAUAUUCAGUUAAUUUUUAGUAGUUGAUGCCAUGUCUACUAACAGCUGAAUUAUAUAAUCAACAAAUUUUCAAAAUAAUUUGCUCACUGAAAAAUCAAUAAAUCCAGUUUAUUCACUUACCAAUGAUAGCCUGGACCUUCAUCUCAAAAAAGUAUGCAACUAGAAUUCAUGUAGUUUGAAUACUGUUCAUGAAAUGGAAAGGUAAAGCAGUAGUAUUCCUGCAAUACUUAGCACUCCGCAGUGGCAGAGUGUGCAUUGCAGGUUACUCCCAUACUAAUGGGGUAAAUAAAGUUGUUACAUGCAACACUUAGGGGAUUGUUAUAAGCAACAAUGUUUCUCUUACAACAGGAAUACAACCGUGUGCAUGUAUGUGAGCAUUUAUAGCAAAAGAGUGUGGGAGGUAGUGAUUGCAUCUUUGUAUGAUGAGGAAGUACAUUGCACUCUGUAUUCCUUGAUAUGAUAUGCUGCAUUAUAAAUACA